AUGUCGUUCUGCAAAUAUUCACAUAUUUUUUCACCUUUUUUCAUUGAACUACAGUUGAGUAGUCAGAAAUACAACGGUACGGUCUUCCAUCUUUCCACUUUGCUAAUUUACCUCUUCUUCUUUAGAUACACAUAUACAUAUAUAUUCACACGUCUCAUACUAUAUCGAGUCACUUACUUUGCUGUUGAUAUUCCAAGUAUAUGGGUUAUUUCUAGGAAACACCUUUUUCAGUUUGGGUUUUUUUUUACUACUAGCAUCUCCUCCAGCUGGCGAGAGACUAGGAAACUGGAAAUGAGGUUGAGGUUUGUUACACAAAGAAAAUUCUCACAAGCGCAGUCACUGAGAAAAAAGUUAGAAAGUGAAAAAUUAGAUCGCCUAAAUGGCACGUGA